AUGGCUACCACCACCACCCUACUCUUCCCUGAAGCUUUCCUCCUCUUGAUCACCAUUGGAAUUUCUCUCUCCUCAGCCAACCACACAUCCCAAAAAGAAAUCGACGACGAUGACUCCGCUUCCAUCCUCCGCCGCCGCGGUGGGUCCUCCCCCAUCUCUCUCCCCCUCGUCCACCGCAGCUCCAUCUUCAAGCCCGGCGACGACAACGACCAGCAGCAGGAGGCUACCUCAUCCCCGCCGCCGCUCCGCCGGUCGCUUCCUCCCGCACUCGGAACCCACAUGCUGGUCCACCGGUACCGCGCUGUCGACAUCACCAUCAAAGUCUUCCGCAAUCGCUCCGGUCAUCUCCGGCUACACGGAAGACCACAUGGCGGAGUACUACGUUCAGGCCUCCAUCGGCACGCCGCCAAGAGACUUCUGGUUCAUCCUGGACACGGCGCUGGCUCCACUGUCUCCCGUGCAUCAAGUGCUACAACCAGUCGGUCCCGGUCUUCGACCCAGCGGCUUCUUCCUCCUUCGCCGAGCUCUCCUGCGACGCCCCCAAGUGCGACGACGUCUACCUCUCCAAGUGCCGCUCCGAAAAGUGCUGCUUCAGCCACGACUACGGCACCCUCUUCUCCUACGGCAACUACGUCACCGAGAGCCUCUCUGUCACGCCCUGGAGAAGAAGGAGUCUCUUGGCAAGAAGAAUCGAGACCAGAAAAGGAAGUGCAGAAGAGAUUGAGAAGGAACAGAGAAGUGAGAGAAGAGAGGGAAAGAGUAAAGUUGUAUUAUCAGUAA